CUUCAGUCCAUGCCCUCUCUUCUCGGUUGCGGCUGGACUGUUCCGAUAGACACGGGAUCCCACCUGGCCCUUCGACAGGAUGCCUCCCGGCGAGGCAUACGGCAACCAGGGCCAGCAGCAGCAUCCGCAGCAGCAUCAAUUCCAAGUGCACCCGCAGGCGCGGCAAUUACACCCCCAGCCUCAACACCUUCCGCCGCUGCACUCUGGCCCACAAGCGCCCCCGCUACCACAGCCAUCACUGUUACCACAUCCUCAAUACGCGAAUCCAUAUCCCGGCGGACACCAGCAGUAUCAACAACAACAUCGACAGCACCAAUACCAGCACCUGCACCAGCACCUGCACCAGCAGCAGCACGUACAAUAUGUCCAUCCCGCAUAUGCCCAGCAACAGCAACCUGCGCCAUUCUACCCGAACGAUACUCCGCAACAGCCGUACCGAAACUACAAUGGCGCCUUUCACCAGUUCACACCCGCACCUGCACCCGCAACCGCUCCCGCUCCCGCUCCCAUCCCCAAUCCUACUCUCGCUCCGCAGUCCGCGCCGCUCCCGCACCCUACGCACACGUCAACGCCGAUGCCAGCGCCCAUACAGUUUGUCGACCCGUCUUAUAUGCAACAUGGCCCUGCCACGAGACCGCCUGGAGUCCCGCCUCCUGUGUCACAGCCACCAUCCGCUCCCUUGUUGAACCCUCAAUUAUCUCGCCCGGCCGCCCAGCCGAAAGCUCCAUGUCCGAUGCCUGUAAACCCAAGCCCAAAGCUUGAAGAGAAAUGGCCGCCGUCCCGGGGAACGCCAAAGCUGCUUACAAAAGAGCCCAGGCGCCCAAGUUCAAGCGCCGGAGUCACAAAGUCGCCGGCAACCCCGCAGGCACCCGCCCAUGUCGAAACGCUUCCCCUGUUAUUGUCCGUGGCGGAGGAUUGCUUCGAGAAAGCCAAUGCAGCCGCUCAGCGGCUUGCCAGAACCAUGGGCCCAAGUGAAGUCGCGGAGCACCACAAGCUAAUCGCUAUAGGCUUGGGGUGCCUGGAUGUAGCACUGAAGUCGAAUAAGCUGUGGCCCCGGCUCGAGGCGAGGUUAUGCCUACGUUAUACCAGCAUACUCAUCGAGGAAACCACCAACAUUACGGAGGCUGAGACGGCAUUGACAAGAGGCAUAUCGGUGUGCGAGAAGCACCGUUUUCUUGAUCUCAAGUACAGCUCACAAUUCCUCCUGAUGAAAACACUCUUCCAGCGGAACCAAAAGGCGGCCUUCAAAUCCGUCGAAAGCCACAUUGCUGAUUGUACAACGUAUAAACAUGUCCCUUGGAUCUACGCCUUCCGCUUCCUCAAAGCCUCCUUCCACCUCCAGUCCGGUACGGCCGCCGACAACCAUGCAAUAGAGAACCUGCGCAAGAUUGCCGGAAUUGCCAGUCAACGCAAUGACAAGGCCAUCUUUGUCGUGGCCAUGCUGCUUGAAGGCCUUGCCCACCUCAGCACGAUGAAGGAUGACUGGGCCACCCGGGUACAAAUGUGCAUUGCCCAGGUGUCGAAGCUUCAGCUCGAUGAGAGCAUCCGCAUCCCGCAAACUGAUGUGUUACUGCUUAUGCUUGACCUAGCGUGCAGCCUCCAUCAAAAAACCCACCAGAUCUCAGCGCAGAAACUGAGUGCUCUUCAGAGAAGACUGGAAGAGCUGAAACAGGCCUCGAACUGGUCUUCUCAGCAUGGAGAGAUGCUGCUGCCCAUCAACCGGAUGCAGAACACGCAACAAAUAGUCAGUGCCGACACGAGGGCGGUGCUGCGGCCUGGGGACGAUAGGGUUGACUACCUAGUGAUAUCAGCACUGGGGAAACAAGAGGCAUGGGCGCUGGCAUAUGUUCUCAAUGGCAUCGUGGCCCACUACAGAGCCACGACACCGGGCCGUAGCUCGGGCAUGUGGGGGGAAGCGAUAAGGCUAUUAGAAGAGAGCAAAACCGGGCCGUCUUCUUACAGCCUCCCGGAGGCUUUGAAGCAAGCAGAGUGGGCAAAGGAGCUCUCCUGCUACGCACACGUCCUCACCGGACUCCAGGCGGCGACUCUAUCCGAUUGGGCAAAAGUCAAGGCGUGUCUCAAAGCCAUUGAACAACAAAAACCGGAAUCAGAGCUCCUUGACGUCCUGACAUUGUACCUGGAAGGGGUCUUCCACCAGGGCACAGCGGCGCUCGACAAAGCAACAGAAAUCUGGAAAGACAAGCAAUUCGAGAUGGACUGGAGCGGAGCUCCCAAACCGGCCGGCAACCGCAUCGCGACCGAGCUCUCCAUCCUGGCGGCCCUCAAUCGGCUCUGGAUCAUGCAGGACCCGGCGCAGGCGGACGACGCCGAAACGGCCGAGCUUGUGGACUUGCUGCGGCCCAUCUGCGAGGACAACCCGGACCAGGAGAUCCGCACCGUCUACAACCUCGUCCUCUCGUCGAUCCGCACGAACCCGCCCCUGUCGAUCAACCAGGUGAAGCGGCACAUCCAGCAGUCGCUCAGCGGCGCCCAGCAGACCAGCAACACGCAGUACCUGGCCAUCGCGCUCAACAUCAUGCGAGCUCGGCUGUUCGAGAACGUGGUAGGUGAGCAGGCGCUCAAGAGCGCUCGCGCCGGGUCGGCCCAGGCCAGGAAGAGCGGCAAUGUCCUGUGGAUGAGCGUGGCCGAGGGCAUGCUGGCGCAGUCGUUUGAGAUGCAGGGCGCGCUGGCCGAGGCCAGGGUUGCGCACGAGACCGGGGUGAGGCUGGCGAACGAGGCGUUUGCCAAGACGCAGGUUUGACUUUGGGCCUCAAACGUGCGUUAGCAAAGUCGCGGUGGUUAUGAUGUGCCAUUUUACGAUGGAAAAACUAUGAGGGUUUUUGUAUUUGGUUUCAGGCUU